AUGGCGCCUUCUCUGCACGCACAUUCCUCCUUCACCCGGCCGCGCACCAGCGAUCGGGAUGGCCGGCCGAGCACUCGUGAUCAGGAUAACAGCUUGAUCAUCCCGAGCAGGACCUCUUCUCUGCAUUCCCGUAUCACCCAGCCGAUCCCCUCCCAGCUCCAAUCCAAGCCUCAGCAAAGGACGCCCAAGACCUUGACCCAUGCGUACAUGGUCUGCGGUGUUGGACGUGAGCCGUCACAAUGGGUUAAGGCUCCUACUCCCGCCCAGGGAAAGAUUGGGCACAUGAAGGGCGCUGUUGGUCAAUUUUGGCUUCCCGAGAUUCUUGGUAGCAGCCCAAGGCUGGAGCAGGAUAACGAGAUCGCUCGUUCCCUCCAUGCUGCCAUGCGCGCCUGUUUCCCUCACGAUGUCGAGAUCUGCACCGGUCGCAGCCAACCCCACUGCGUGCACCACGCAUUUGUUCUUCAGCAGGACUCAUCGCACACGCUCUACGGUAUUUGUCUGCGUGUUUGGUCCCGAGCCGACGAGAAGAGGGCCGAAACGAUCCGAGAUCUGAGGAAGCGAACCGAGCCCGAUUUUUACGACAACACGGACGAGACCUACUGGAUUCCUUACUGUCUCUCAUUUCUCUCGAGAUAUCCUCUUUACAAUCUUCUAGGAGAUUACCUGCGCGGCAUGUGGAUUCACUGGAACAAAGCCACGAACCUCUUCCACGCCGAGGAAGUCUCGAGGAUUCUCAGUUUCCCCGCUCCUCGCCUGAACGAUCUGGUCCGAAUCGACAUGAAGGACUACGCCCUUUGCUACCAAUUCCCUUCCUCGCCAACUGGCUUCCAAAACUUUGCCAUGUGGCCGCUUUGGGCUUGCUUGUCCAUUCCUAACAUUGUCGGUGUCAUUGAAGCCGCCAUCUCUCCUACGCGACGCAUCAUCUUUGUCAGUCACUACCCGGCCAUGCUUACGAUGGCGGCCGAGACUGUUCGCUUCUGCGUCAGAGUGUACGAGUGGAGUGGUCUCUAUGUUCCUGUCGUGCAUGCCAGACACGCUACUGAGCUCGUCCAGGAGCCCGGUCCUUACAUUCUGGGUAUUACUGCAGAGUGUAGAUCCCUUUUCACAGCUCCUUCUGAUGCUCUUGUCGUGGACUUGGACCGCAACUUUGUCCUGACCUCCAGCCCGCCGACUGCUCUGAGCCCCAGCCAGCGCAAUAAGUUUGUGACUCGCUUGACUCAGGCCCUCAAUGGCGAUGUUGCCCCGUCCGGUGUUCCUACACAUCUCCGCUCGGCCUAUGGUGGUGGCAAGCUAGUCCCGGCCGGCCAGAUCAUUGUCAUGCGCGGAGAAGUCGAGUCUGUCCAGGACCCCGAGUGGUGGAACCAGGAUGCCAUCAUGUCUGUAAUGGACCACGUUUGCGAGAAGUUGGGCCGCAACACCGGCCUGAAGGCCGUUUUCGGUGGAUCAGUCAAGAAGCCCUUGAUGACCAAGGUGUCUAUGAGACACUUGAACGAAAUCGUUCGGGAGCGCAACCAGUACUCUCGUGACGCCAUGGAAGCUUGGCAGGAUUUCAUCAACCUGAAGGGCCGUAUGGAGACAGAGCUUGCCAAGGUCACCAAGCGUAACAACUACCUUGUUGAAGAGCUCGAGAGCUGGAAGACUCAGUUCCUUAAGUUCCAGGCCUUUGCUGAGCAGCUCACCAAGGAAACUCAAGAUCUCAAGAUCAAGAUCGAGAACCACAAGCGUGAGAACCGCCGUCUCGGUGGCCUUAUCGACCAGCAGAAGGAUGACAAUGCCAGACUUUCUGUCCGUCUUUCUGGUACUGAGAAGCAGAGAGACGAUGCUCUUGAGGCCCUGGUUCUCCAGCAAGAGAUUGCUGAAGAGCUCGAGAGAGAGCGCAAGCGCAACAAGAAGGAAUUGGCCGCCCUCCAGGCUACCAACUCGACCAUCAUGCGCCAGCGCGAUGAGGCCAGACGCGUCGUAUUGCACCUGCGCAGCUUGAUUGGCGGUCAAUCCCACCACAUGGAGCACCUCGUACACUCCUUGACCAAGCCCGAAGACUUGAGCGAGGAGAUUGAGGCUGGAUUUGACGAGGAGAAUGCCGAGGAGAACAACAACAGCGUUUCCGCUGCCGAUGAGCGACUUGGCCAGACCCUGACCCGCGCCUCUGACGCCAACAAGCGCCUGUCCUUCCUUGAUGUGUCCGACCGUCACCUCAAGGACAAGACGGAUGCUAUUGCCCACAUCAUCCGCAACAUUGCUGAGCAAUGCCAGGCUGCCGUGGAGAGCCUGCAAUUGGCACACGAUGCCGAUAUUGAGCCCCGCACCAACUCGCGUCGGGCUAGCAACAUGUCCAUCGCCCACAGCGAGGACCAGUCCACCAUCUCUUCAGAAAUGGGUGACGAGCAGCUGCUGCACCCCUCUGGACGCACUUCCAGCAUUCCUCCCACCCCGGAUCUGAUUCCCAACAGAAGCAGCACUGCUCUGUCCAUGGCUUCCACCAUGACGACGCCGGAGCGCAGCAGCCAGCAGUACAUGACCCACAGCGAUAUUCCUACCAAGAUCGUUGAGGAUGACGAGGAAAGCUUGGCUGAGCGCAGCGACAAUGAGACUGUCUCUCACGAGCCCGGUCUGCUGAGCAAGCAUGACUUGAUCCACCGACCAUCCGGUGCCCGUAUCAGUGCCAUUGGCUCUACGCGGUAA